CAAAAUGGCGACUUGAGAAUUCAUAGCGUGACAAAAACAAAGCGCAUUUCACAAUAUUUUCGGUGUUUUUGUGCAAUAUUUAAGUGUUUUACCGUGCGAAAUCAAGCGAAAUGUACAAAUAAACAGUGCUGUGACUGCAAACUAUUAACCAGUGUAUGAAUAUUAGCUGUGCGAAAGCCAGCAAUUGAGAAACGCCGACCGCAUAACCUUUACGUGUCGCAGUUGCGAAUGGAGUGUAAAGGCAAAUCCAAGAGAAUGAAAGAAGAGGCGCCAAGCAAGAAAUUGCCGCCUAAAAUAUAUGGCGGCGACUAUGCGGCUAACGCGAGUACUCCAACCAAAGCGGCCCACGAUGAGAUUCUCAGUUCCUUGCUGCGUAUUAACAAUUUCGAUUCCAUAUCGAGCAUAAAAGAUGAAUCCCUGGACAUCGAUCUGUCGGCCUGUGUGACAAUUAGCUCGGCGAGCUUCAUCAACGGGAAUAGCCUCUCGUCCACAGACUUUUGGCGCGUACUCGAUGAGAGCGCUCAGAACAACACCGAACUUAAUUUAUCAGCUGAUGUGUGCCGUGAUGAGUUGUCUGCUCCCAGUCCCAGUGCAAGUCCCGGCACCAGUGCAGCCGUCGUGGCGAAUCUAUCAAAUGGCAGCUCCAGUGACAAUCACAAUUCGGAGUUCAAUGUUACCUUUCUACGUCCGGAGCCGCCAAAUGCGUUUACCAAUUCACCGUUUAAGAAGAUAACAACAACGCCAGUGAAGCUGCCGUCACCGGAGCAAAUGCAGCUGCAAAUGUCCCAGACACAACGAAAGCCUCGUCUGCCAGCGGCAACAGCAGUCCGUCUGAAAGUAUUCAAGGAGGAACCGGGUGAAGAGAAGGCAUCCCCGUCGCAGCUUCCAAAACCUCAUGUGCUGACCAAAGUGGAGCAUUGUGAGACGGAUCACUUGCCACCGGCGUUUACCAUCUUCCAGCAGCCGCAGCAGAUGCCGAAUAAUAUGCCACCACCGGCAGCGCCGCUGGAGAAUAAUGGGAAAUCAUCGUUGGAGCUUGAGUCGCCGCCGCCGCCUCUUUACAAGUGCCUUGACUGCAACGGUCUGGUGCUGGACAAUCCGCAACUGGUGAGCACACACAAGGCGGCAGCACAUCGACUUCGCAUUACCUACAACUGCUCCGAGUGCCAGCGGGAGUUUGAGUUGCUGGCGGGACUCAAGAAGCAUUUGAAGACGCAUCGCAGUGAGGUGCGUAAGGAUACCUGGAAGAAGUGUCCGGAUUGCGGCAAAUGUUUAAAGCUGGGCAGCAUGUGGAUGCACCGCAAGAUACACAGCGACAAUAAGAAGUACCAAUGUGAUAUCUGUGGCCAGAAGUUUGUGCAGAAAAUCAAUCUAACACAUCACGCACGCAUCCACUCCUCGGAGAAGCCGUACGAAUGCCCGGAAUGCCAGAAACGAUUUCAGGAACGAUCGCAUCUGCAGCGUCAUCAGAAGUACCAUGCCCAGACCCGAUCGUAUCGCUGUGAGAAAUGCGGAAAAAUGUACAAAACCGAACGGUGCCUGAAGGUGCACAAUCUGGUGCAUCUUGAGCAGCGUCCAUUUGCUUGUACCGUGUGCGAUAAGAGUUUCAUUAGCAACUCGAAGCUCAAGCAGCAUUCAAAUAUCCAUACGGGCAUGAGACCCUUUAAAUGCAACUAUUGUCCGCGCGACUUUACCAACUUUCCCAAUUGGCUGAAACACACGCGUCGUCGCCACAAAGUGGAUCACAAGACGGGCGAGCAUCUCGAGAACAUUCCCUCCUACUGCUCCAAGAAAUCCACCACAACCAAGGCACAGAAGGCGGCAGCUGCCGCAGCAGCAGCAGCUACAGCAGCUUCAUCAUCAUCAGCAGCAUCAGAGGAUCCAUUGGCAUCAAACGAAGCGGAAUCAAAGUCCAAUAGCGAAGUAGCCAAAGCGCCCGCCACAAAUUCGCCAGCAGCAUCCGCGAAGCAGACGCGAAAAAAGAAGCAGCCCCAACAGGCAACUUUAGCCGCCUUGGGCAUCACAUUGCCAGCGGGCACGGCACUUCAGCAGGUGCAUCCGUCACCACAGCCGGAACGGAAGCUGUUAAAUGUUGUGGUGUCACCGCUGCCACCUCCGCCAACGCCAACGCCACCGAAACAAACGAAAGCAAAGCGAGAGCGCAAGCAGCUGGCACCCAAGCAGCUACAGCAAAAGCCACCUCCACUUACUCCCGUGCCUGUUGCAAUGCCACAAAUUAAGAAGGAGCCACAGUCGCAGGGUCAGUUUCUGGACUUGCAUGGUCUCAGUCUGACCUCGGCCGAGGAUUUGAUCAUGGAGCAGGCGCUUGAGAUGGAAGAGUGCGGACUGUAUGAUGCGCCUGUUGUCAGUACUGAUAUGGGCACCUCGGAUAACGCCAUCUCCUCUGAGGCAGCCGCCGCCCUGCAUUUCCAAAUUAAAAACGAAUUACCCGACGAGCUGCUACCUGACGAAGAGUACUUGCCCCAUAAGCCUACAAAUGGCAAUCGCUUAGCCUGUCCCUCGCUUGAGUCAUCACCGUUUUCUUCGCCUGCAUCUAUGGAACUGGCAGCGGUUUCCAGCACCAACAACACCACCUCUAGCUCCACAUCAGCGCAUGUGCACACUGGACGUACCGCCAACUAUUAUCUGCCUGCUUUUACGCUAAAUGCGCAGGGCAAGCUGACAAGUUGUACGAGCACGGGAAAUGGGAAUGCGAAUGGGAUUGCCAACGGUCCGACAACAGUUUCGGUGGUGAAUAUGCCGGUGUUUAUGCACUCCAAUCAAAUGUUGCCUUCCGUGGACACGCUGCUCUUUACCACACAGACCGGCAAUCGUUUCUUUUCCGGCAAGACAAUCGCUGGUCCAACGGCCACGGCGCCGCCGCAUUUGACAUGAUCGCACGGCGGCUGUGGGCCGUCAACGUAAACGCCUCAACGAUCUCCUGUGUCUUAAUUAAGCUAGAGUUUGCGACCACGUCCGAUAAAGGCAAUGAUUCGGAUUAUCUUGAGUUUAGUUUUUAACCAUAAUGUUUAAGUUAGUACGACGCUAUAUUUGUUUUAAAGAUAGACAUAGGUAAGCAAAAAUUCUACAUUAUGCUAAGUAACGAUGUAUAUAUAACUACAUACUUAUAUAUGUAUGCGUAUAUGUAUUUGUAUAGAUACUAUGAUUUACCACCAACAAUACAUUUAUUAUUUUUACGCUUAACACCAAUAACAAUAAAUAACAAAUAAAUUUCAUAUACA